CAGCGGGCAGGUCUGCUAGGCAGUGGUGAUCAGCGCCCCAGCUAGGAUGAGCUCUGUGAGGGGCCUGGUUCUGCCCCUUCUUUUCUUUUGCUGGGAGAAUGGAGUCUUGGGAAGUUCUGCAGGCCCCAGCACCAGUAGAACAGUCCCUUUGGUGACAUCAAACAACAGAGUAGUGCCUACUAUGACUCAGGGGGUCAGGACAAGCUCAGAAGAAGGCUUCCAGACCCUUGACCUCACUGAGACUUCAACACAAAGCCAUGUUUCUUUGAAAACUCAAACCCUGAGCACCAAGACACUUUCCAAGAACUUAAUCCCAGUUGGCACCACUUCAAAGGUAGAAAGCAGGGAGGCCCAGACCAUGUCCCCUGCCAUGGAAACCAACACCCUCACAAAAGUAAGAGCUUCCAAUUUCAGGGCUGUGGUCACCUCCCCUGUGGAGACUUCUGUCAUGAGCAGCAGCCCCACAGGCACUGGAACCACCACAGCUGAGAGAAGUGCAGGCAGUGGUCCCACAGAAGCCAUCUUUGAUACCCUUUGUACAGAUGACAGCUCAGAAGAGACAAAGAGGAUGGUGGCUGGCAGCUGGACAUCGACCCAAAUCUCCCCAGAAGCUGAGAGCUUGUCCUCAGAGAGCAGUUCCUCUGCAGACAGCUCAGUCUCCGUCAAUACCACCUCACACAUCCUGUCACCUGACGCGGCAACUAGGCCCAAGGCCUUAGUGGCAUAUAGCAUAACUCACAUUGAGUUCACCAGGGGCAGCGUCAUGAAGAUAGAAACAGUUGCCACCAUCUCUGGGACCUCAGAGAUAGAAUAUAGCCCCACAGGAGUGCAGGCCGAGCCCACCUCUGAGACAUCAGCUCUGUCCACCUCCACUGAGGCCAAGUCACACAUCCCCAAGAUCACAGCCUCUGCUGAGACCUUGUCAACAGCCAGCACCUCAGAGUCAGCCUCCCCUGACUCCACCCCCGAGGCCCCACUGCCCACCAGUGGCACCACAGAGAGAGAAACAGCAGCAGCCCAGACCCCCACCCCCACCCCCAGUGGAACCUUGGUGGCAGGUGGCACCAGCCCCUGGGAGGAAACCUCAGCCCUCUCUGCUGGGACAACACGCCACUUGGAGGUCUCAGGACCUGGUACACGCUCCACGGAUGCUGGGUCAAUGGUGGGCACAGUGACUUCCUCUGCUGGGCCCAGAGCCUCCGUCUACAGCUCCUCAGAGGCAGCCACCAUCCAGGUCUCCACCCCCUCAGAGACUUUUGCCACAGAGGGCACAACCACGGGGUCCUUCCCCACCAGCAGGAGCCCUCUGCCUUCUGCCCAUCCCUCUAUAGCCAGUAGCAGCCAAGAGACACACUUCACCUUCAGCAAGGCCACAGCCCCACCAGAGUCCCCAACAGCCACUCCCACCACUGCUCAGACAAGGCAGACCACAGAAGUCCCUGCAGGUGGUGAUGGAGGCUUCCUCCUAGUGCGGCUGAGUGUGGCCUCCCCAGCAGACCUCACUGAGCCCAGCCAGGCAGACAGCCUCAUGCAGCAGCUCCGGUGUGAACUGCAUACCCACCUGCCUCUCGUUCAAGUCUCCUUACUUCGCGUCCGGAGAGGCUAACGAACAUCAGCUGAAGCCAGGUAUAUACCUUCUGCUGAAAAAGAAGCAGUGCUUCCCGUGGUCUGAGCCCUCACCAACAGACCGGAGCCACGUUGCUAUGCUGACAUUACCCAGAAGGUUCCCAUGAAGGCCAGCUGGUUCGAGCCCUAUACCCCAGACGUGGCCAAAGGACCCUGGCUCGUUUAACACCCUACUGUGUGUAUGUGGAAAGGAGUGUGUCCCCUGCUCCCAGAGGGGUCCUUUAGUUUCCUAGGCCCAGACAGACCUGAUCACCCAUCCCUGUGCUUCCACCUUGUACUAAAGUUACACUCAGUGUGUCCAGAGGUUAUCUAUGUGACCUGUAUGUGCUGACAUUUUUAUUAUAUAGGGAUUUUAUACAUCCCUACUGUUCCCUCUAUUCUUUGUGUCCCCAGUUCUUGGUUUGCCCUUACUGAAGCCAGCUCUGGAUCUGGUUGAAACUUAAACUCGUAAUAUUAAGUUCUCCAUUAAUAUAACAAAAUAUCUGAGAUAAUUGGGUCAGAGAUAAAAGAAAUGAAGAAGGGGCUGGGGUACUGCAAUCCCCUUCAAAGUCCCAGGGACCUAAGGACCUUCUACUAGGCCUCAUCUCCUAUUAGUUCCCACCUUCUCCUAAUGGAGCGCCCUGGUACCAAGCCUUUAAAACAUUGGGCCUUUGAGAAACACAUUCAAACUAUAACAAGCUCCUUCAGGAAAAGACAAUAUUUGUUCUUCUCAGAUUCCCUUGAACCUAGCAGAGCACCUGACCUGUAUGUCACACAGAAUGUCAAUAAAAUGUUUGUUGAAUAAACUUAAAUUUUAAGUUCUGGACUCAAGCAGAUUUAAAGGAAAGUCUACAGUAUUCAAGUAUUCCUCCCAU